GCCGCGCCGUUACUCAGCACAACCGGCACCCCUCCCCCCCGCCGGCCCGGCGUUGGAGCGGCGGCGGUUGGGAAAGUGCCGAGCGGAGCGCCGGGUGCAGACUAGAAGAUGAAUAAUCUUUCCUUUAGUGAACUGUGUUGCCUGUUCUGUUGUCCGCCAUGCCCAGGGAAAAUUGCUUCCAAAUUGGCAUUCUUACCUCCUGAUCCCACGUAUACACUGAUGUGUGAUGAGAGUGGUAGUCGCUGGACUUUACAUCUCUCAGAGCGAGCAGACUGGCAAUAUUCUUCUAGAGAAAAAGAUGCCAUUGAGUGCUUCAUGACUAGAACAAGUAAAGGUAACAGGAUUGCCUGUAUGUUUGUGCGUUGCUCGCCUAACGCCAAGUACACUUUGCUCUUCUCACAUGGAAAUGCUGUUGACCUAGGUCAGAUGAGCAGCUUUUACAUAGGACUGGGUUCACGGAUUAAUUGCAACAUAUUCUCAUAUGAUUAUUCUGGAUAUGGUGCAAGUUCUGGGAAGCCAACAGAGAAGAAUCUGUAUGCUGACAUUGAUGCUGCUUGGGUGGCUCUUAGGACAAGGUACGGAAUCCGCCCUGAAAAUGUGAUUAUAUACGGCCAGAGUAUAGGAACAGUACCAUCUGUGGAUCUUGCUGCUAGGUAUGAAAGUGCUGCUGUAAUUCUUCAUUCUCCACUGACCUCAGGAAUGCGAGUAGCUUUUCCUGAUACGAAGAAGACCUAUUGCUUUGAUGCAUUCCCAAACAUUGACAAAAUUUCUAAAAUAACAUCUCCUGUGUUAAUAAUCCAUGGGACUGAAGAUGAAGUAAUUGACUUUUCACAUGGCCUAGCAUUAUUUGAGCGUUGCCAGAGACCUGUAGAACCGCUGUGGGUAGAAGGAGCAGGCCAUAAUGAUGUGGAACUCUAUGGACAGUACCUUGAAAGAUUAAAACAGUUUGUGUCACAGGAACUGGUGAACUUGUAAUUUUCUUUGUAUAUUUACAUGCUUUUUCAUUUCACUGCAGAACUGCACGCCUUGAUAAAUACAUAACAUAAAACCUGAAGGUUGUGUUUUCAAAUCAUCUUGGUUGCCUUCAUUAAAUGUACAGGUAAUGAUUUGUCAACAUAAUUAAUGAAGGUUUUAACACCAGUAUUAUAAACUGGAAUUACAUGAUCAUGCAGUCAAGCUUGGCAGUUCAUAUUACUUUGUGUGAGGUUUUUUCUUUUUAGAUGUACAAAAAAAAAAUCACAAGGAGUACUGUAUGAAAUUUUAAUUAUAUAAAAUCAAAUGCUGUAAAAGUGUUGCCAAAUGCUUUAGCAUAUCAAAAACAAGUUUAUAAAUAUUUUUUAAACAUCUCGAAAUGUACUGUGACUUACUCUGUUGCACAGGUGUAAAUUAAAAACCAGAGUUCUAAGCAGUUGUUCUGUAAAAAUGUAAUAGCCAUGAAAUUUGAGCAAAUACUAAUGUAUGUAAUAAGAAUAGACAGUCACUGGAAAUGACUCAUGCCCUGUUAUAGGGGGAGGGGGUCAAAAUAGAUCUCUUUUUCCAUCUUUUUCAUAUCUUUUGUGCUUAGUUUUACUUCAAAUGUUAUGUUCUUGUGUUGUCCCUUACCUUUCAGGUUAAACAAAUUUUCACACUCAUCUUCUCUGCAGUCCUAAUCUUGCCAAAAUAAUGCUGCAAGUUGUUAUUGUUGUAACAUAAGUAUCAUUCACAUGAUUGCUACUGAGGCCACUAAGUACUUCUUUGAAACCAGUAAGACUUUUAGAACCUAGAAGGCUUUGUGGACAAUGUAGUUUUAAACAUUGAUUGCGUAGAGAUGCAAUAUGUCAUUAGAAAGAACCCGGAAGUUUAUCCAACUUUGUAAUAAUCAAUUUGCAAGUUUGCAGUUGUCUGAUCAGGCUUACUUUUGGAUGUUUAGUGUAAAAGCUUAUUGUUUUUUGAGUAUUGUAUGGAAAUUUUACUAAUUGC